ACGUGAUUUCCAUUAGAGAUGUUUCAAGUUUUGGGUGUCCUUCUGAUCUUAGUAUACGUUUAGGCUUAGACCCUGCCAAGUUAGCCUAUUGUGAGGACUAUCUUUGUCUUUAAGCUUUUGAUGAGCCAAAACAGGUGACUGGUUUUUUUCGAAAACAAGAUGGGAAUCUUAGAUAAGACGGUGUGCGGUCUUCGAGGCUGGACUCUUUUGAAAUUGGUACUGGUGUGCAUCGCAUUUAUUGUGUUGAUUUCCUGUGUAGCUAGUAUUAAAGAUGGCGCCCACGAGUCAGGUGAGCCAGGGUUAAGAUAUGAACCAGAUCUUGGGCCUGAUAUUAUCAUUCAUUAUAGGGAACCCAUUUCAUCCCAAGGGCCAGAAGAUGAUAGAGUAGUGAACAGACUGAAACAUUUUAUGAAAGAUUAUGACAUUCGUAAUCAUUCCAAAUCAAACCUCCGGGAAUGUGGGCCUGACAACUACCCAGAUGGUUCUACUGACAUCUUUUGUGUCUUCAAGGAUGAAUGGAUAAAUAAUGCAUGUAAUGAAGAAAUGAGCUUCGGCUAUCCAAGGCAUCCUUGUCUCUUUCUUCUUUUAAAUAAGGUAGAAAAAUGGGUACCAGUAACUUAUCAGUCCUUAGACGAAUUGCCACAAUCUAUGCCAGUUGACCUCAGAAAUCAUAUUGCAGAAGUAACAGAGAACAAUGACGGGAAAUUACCAGAGAUGGUAUGGAUACACUGUGAAGGACAGACUCCAGUUGAUGUGGAAAACUUAGGCACAAUCAAGUACUACAGCCCCUGGAAUGAUUGGCAUGGCAUACCAGCAUAUUAUUUUCCAUAUAAAGAUAAUCCUGAUUACAUGGCUCCAAUGCUUCAGAUACAGCUAGAUAAACCUCAGAGCUCUGCAAUUGUGUUCUCUGCUCACAAGUCACGUGUUCAAAAUACUUAUCUAAGGAAGCAAAGAAUAUCAGAGUUGGAAAAAUCUGUCCAUGAAGUAUUCAUGUCUAAGUGGCUAUCUUUUUCAUCGUAGUCUUCAGUACUUCCUCCACAAGGUUGCACACUUACUUCACAGGGUUGCACACUGCUAUCAACUAACACUGGGGAAAUCUUAUGGUAAGGUUUAAUUAGGUUGACAUGAACUAGCUGGGUAGACUUCUUCCUGUCAGGAGUAGAGACAACAUAAUUAAGUUUAUUUAUCACUUUUGAUACCUUAUAUGGUCCAGAGAACUUAUGUUUUAAUGGAGAUCCUGAAAUUGGAAAAUAAACUAGAACAUGCUCACCAACUGUAAACUUUCGCACCUUAGCUUUUUUGUUAUAAUUUUCAUUCAUUUUCUCUUGUGAAACUUUCAGAUUAUUGAAGGCAAAUUUAUGAAUUUUGUCAAAUCUGUCUUUCAUGUUUUGCAAAUACUUAGAAACUGUUACAGGAGUGACUACUUCAACCUCACCAGUUAAAUUUUCUUUAACAACUCUUAGCACAUCUCUAGCUUUUCUACCAAAAAGCAUUUCAAACGGAGAAACUCCAAGGGAUUCGUUUGGAACACUGCGUAUCACAAACAUCAAGAGAUCCAGGGUUUCAUCCCAGUCUCUUGCAGAUUCCAAGGCAUAUUUUCCAAGAAGGCUUUUCAAUGUCUGAUGUGCCCUUUCCAACACACCCUGAGACUGUGGAUGAUAAGCUGAAGAAAAUGAUUGUUUAAUAUGCAGCUCUUUCAAGACAGAUUGGAAAACCUCACUUUUGAAAUUUGUUCCCCUAUCACAUUGUAAUUCUUUAGGAAAACCUAAGACAGUAAACACUUUAAUUAGACUUUCUACAAUCUUUCUGGCAGUUAUAUUAGGUAAAGGAAUGGCAAUUGGAAAUCUUGUGGUGGGACACAUUACAGUCAGCAGAUACUGAUUACCUUUACGGGUUUUGGGCAAAGGACCCACACAAUCUAUAACAACUUUACUGAAUGGUUCAUGUGGAAUGGCAAUAGUUUUUAAUGGUGCAGGUGGUAUCACCUCGUUGGGCUUUCCCGCUAUCUGGCAGAUAUGACAACACUGUACAAAGUUUUUACAUCAUUUUUCAUUCCUGGCCAGUAGAAAUUAAAAGAUAAUCUCUGAUAAGUUUUACUUACCCCUAAAUGAGAAUCGGCACAAUGUGCAAUUUCAAGAAUCUUACUUCUUAGUGAAAAUGGAACUAUAACCUGCUCACAGUCUGCCCAAGAUUCUUUCGCCGACAAUUUAGAAGGUCGAAACAAGCGCAUCAGUAUUCCCUUCUCGAUGUAGUAGCAAGGAACUUUGUCAAUAUCUGAUUUCUGAACAGCCUUUUCAUAUAAAUUACUCAAACUACCGUCUUCCUGCUGUAAUUUAACAAAAUUAUCUUUAGAAAGGUUUAACAGAUCAGGUAAGUUUGAAUGAUUGAUAGAAACAUUAGGUACAUUCUUAGGUUGCUCAUCAGUAGAUUUCUUUGAGCGAGUUACUACACAAAUUGAAUCCUUAGGCUUAGUACCUUGUGACUCUUGUUUAACACAUUUGCUCUCAGGAUCAUAAAUGAUCAAAUUGCACAUUACUUUACUACCCGCUAAAUCAUUACCGAGGACAAGAUCUACAUUAACAGGAAAUUCAUUAUCAGUGACAGCAACUUUUACAGUUUCAUUAACAUAAGGGCAAUCAAGAUUUACUUCAGCAAGUGGCAAUACUUUACGACUUGAAAAGUCUGAAACCACUACAUGUUCAUUAGUAAAUUUAAGAUCAGGAACAAGACUCUUAUGUAUUAUGGACUGAGCAGCCCCUGUAUCUCUUAGUAUAGAUACUUUCUUUGAAUUGAGAAGGCCAUGGCAAACAAAUUCUUUGAAUCUAUCUGAUCAACAGCACAAUGCAAACUAGUUUUCUUGACCACUGACUGGGAUACCUUACUAGACUGAUUGGCCACUUUGCAACCUGGUUUUGUACAAUUCUUUAUUGUGUGGCCAGGCUGCUUACAAUAAGCACAAGAGCUAAUACCAGUUGCACCAUUACCAUCAGUAUCUUUAGACUUAUCAGGAACUUUAGGCUUACUCUUAUGAAUUAAGCUAUGGUUAUCAGCAAGAUUUCCAGCUUUCAUUAGAUCUUUGAUCUCUCUCUCAGCUAUAUACAUCGAAAUAGGUGGUGGUAAUCUCCGAUGGAAUUCUUCCAAGACUACUAGAUUAACUAAUUCAUUGAAAUUUGCGACUUUUUCACUUGCAAGCCAUUUUUUAAAUAACCUAAGCUUUUGAUUAGCAAAUUCUGUAAAUGUUUGAGAAGUAGUCUUAGUAGCAUUCCGAAACAAUUGUCUAUAACCCUCGCUGGUGAUAGCAUAAGCAUCUAGAAUAUUCUGCUUUAUAACAUUGUAAUCUUCACCAAUUAAAUUUGAUACUACUUGAAUUGCUUUGCCACGUAAUUGGGGUUUAAUUAACCAUAACCACUGAUCUGCAGGCCAUUCUAGAUUAGCAGCAAUAUCUUCAAAAGCUAUGAAAAAACUUUCAACGUCUUUCUCAUCAAAAAAUGGCACAAGCUUUCUUGCUCUAGACAAGUCAAAAUGAAUGGGCCGAGAACUAGAAAUAUCAAACUCUUCACGGUGCUUUUCUACAGCUAUUUUAACCUUUCCUCUUCAACCUCUUAUUCAACUCUGCCUCUUUAAUCUUAUAUUCUAAUUCCAAGUCCAAAAGCUUCUGCUUUUCCUCUAACCUCUUCCGAGAAAGAUAAUCCUCUUGUUCUUUGCUAACUUCCCUUAAUCUUAACUGUAUUCUAGCUAGCUCUAAUUCUUUAUCUACUUUACUAUGCUUUGACCUCAAGUUAAUUACCUGUUCUUCAGUAAAAACAUCCUCAUCAAUAUAGUAAUCCAAAAUAGAGUCUAGAAUUUGACCUUUAAGCGCUGUGUGGCUCACUUCAAUACUAAGCUGACUAGCAAGGGACAGCAAGUCCACCUUUUUAGCUUGAGAAAGGUGAAAAAGUUCACCAGCAGGGUUUGCUACAAAUUCUGAUACAUCAAAAGGCAUUUCGGAGAUUAUUACUCUAACGAUACAAAAUAUCAGGAGUCAAGUCAUUAAAAUGCAAAAGCACGAACUAGGAAAUUGAACAUAUCAAAGUUGGUCGAAGUCUAAUCAGUGAAAAAUUUAUCAAUGACACUGAAAAUCACUAAGACUAAUAGGCACAUCGAAUAUUAUUCUGACAAAAAUUACAUUUAGAUAUGUACGUUUAAUAAGAUUUGCAUAUGCGAGUAUGAGUAUGAAUGAAGCAUUAAAGACGAAACAGCUCGUAAGAACAAAUUUCAGACGCUUCGAAAGCGUUGUCAUGUGAAGACCAAUUGUUUGUACGGGAGCAAACCGCUAGUCCAGACUAAACAACUACUUUAACGAUAGUGACGUGGCUUAGGUCGCUACAACAAAAGAUAGCUUGACAGUUUCCCUAAUAACAGUCAAACAAGGAGCAAGGAACUACACGAAGUGCCCUUUUAACUCUAAACUAGUCAAUACUAUCGGGAGCAAGGUAUUGCUAAGACACCAACACGGCAUAAAGGACUGAGAACUUAAUCUACCGAAGGGAUUAGCAGUCAGACGAACACUUUAGGGAAGCUACACUCAAUUAAACUUCAACCGAAAACUAUGGCAGUAGUUAACAAUUGACAAUACAUUUAGUUUAAAAAACUUAUUUGAAAAAUAAACAUUACGAAAAACAUUAUCCUGAUAUUUGAUACCGAAAAAGCAGUUUAUUCUACAUACAGACGUGUGUGUGAAGUUAACAUGAUAAACACUUUCCGAAUAUAACUAAUAGUCAUUGAAAACAGCAACUCGUUAUCCCGGUCAGGCCCCCAAUAUGUAACGAUCUCCUAUGAGUUAGUCUAGGAGUAGGAGAGGAGUCAUUACACAAACACCCACAGUCACUUUAUAUCAAACCAGAAUAUUAAGGAACGUAAAUUAAAUAUGAAAGAAAUGCUAGAUAUAUAUAUAAUUACACAAAUAACACAAGUUACUAAUAAAUAACAGCAGUACAAAUCAUACAAAUGAAAUAAGAAAAACUUACGAACACUUAAUAAUUGUAAAUAAUCACUUCACAAACACUCUUCAAGUAUGUAAAACAAACUAAAUGUAGUUACCACCACAGUUCAGCUGGAGAGAGGUUAAAGGUCCCGUAGUCUGAAAGCCAAUGACACAUGCUCUUAUAAAGCCAAGGAGGUUAACAGAAAACGAGACUAAGCAAGGAGUCUCGAGACUGAAGGGACAGGUGGUAGCAUACUUAAUGAUUAUAGAGUACAUAAACAAUUAUUCCCCGGACCUAUGAUUAAUGCAAAUUAUAUUCUACAAAAUAUAAACAUAAUCGUAACAAUACUUUUGAACAUUAAUUCAUAGGGGUAAUAUUUCUAUUUUGAUAGACAUAGGUGUAAGGUUAAAGCAAACAUUAUGGUGAAUUAGAUUUCCACAUUUAUUAAAACAUAUUAGGUAAACAUACUUGAAUUGGAUGUUGAUCAUGUGUUUAGCAGAUAUGCGUUGAAAGUGAUGGUUUUAGUUAUUAUAAAUGAAUUGCAGUAAUGAGUAUGUAUUAGUGAAUUGCUAGAGGUACUGUAAUGCUACUUUUAUUUAUUUAUUUUUUCU